AUGCAUGAGCCCUCCAAGGUGUCAGUCGCCGUAGACGAGCUGGUUGCCACCAGGGACGACUCACCGCCGCCGACAUCGUGCCCUGUCGAUCAUGCCUCGCUGCAGCGCCUCAGCGGGACAGCCCCCCGAACACGGCCCCAGGGCGAGCUCGACCCGAUGAACCAUAUCCCUGAGCUAGCACAAGCCCCUUCGCCCGGCCAAAAGAUGGCGCUUCCACUCGAACGCACGAUGUCCUCGAUCCCCAAACCCAACGCCGGCGCCGGCGCCGGUUCCGCUGCCGGGCCAUCCGCCUGUCCGGUCGCGCAUGCCACCGAAGGCUCUGCCCCCGCAGCGACCAAACCUGAUCAAUGGGAAUAUCCGAGCCCCCAGCAGUUCUAUAAUGCGCUCGUCCGGAAAGGAUGGGAAACCCCCGAGGAGUCGGUGGAGAUGAUGGUCGACAUUCACAAUUGGAUCAACGAGGAGGCGUGGGCGCAGGUUCGCAGGUGGGAAGAGAAGCACGAUGGGUACGUGCGCAACCAGCAGUGGGAUCAUCACCACCAUCUACGGGGAACAAAAUUGAUCUGGGGGGUUGGGGGCCGACUCUUGCAGAGGAUCACGGUCGAUGCUAGCGCGAUUCCAAGGUCGACCACAAGAUCUUUCACCGAAAGCGCGAUACCAUCUGAUGAUGGGGAAGCUGUUCCCAAACUACUAUGGGUACGUGGUUGGCACCAAUUCGUUUCCCUGGUGGUGCAAUCGUGCUGAAGGCGGAGCGAUCUGUUCAACAGGUCGGUCAAGCCAUUCGACCGACAUGAUUGGCUCGUGCAUCGCCCCAUCCCGCGAGACGCAUCUUCGGGAUUCACCGCACCCUCUUCAACCCAAAACUACACCGAGCACCGAUGUGAGUGGUGCAUGCUGUCCGACCAACCCUGGUGUCGAUGUGGCCUUUGAGGCCCCUUGCUUACGGCUCGAGCGGCUCGCCGCUUUCCUCGCAGAUGUGAUUGACUACUACUCGCUUCCCGAAGACGCGCAAGGGAACCCCGUCUUUUCGCUAGACGUGCGGCCUGCCGUCGACUCGGUCGAAGCCGUGCAAGACCGCUUGGCUGAAUGGUGGAAGGUCAAAAAGGAGGCGUGGAUGUCGGGCUCGGGGGCGUCGGUAUCGACGCCCGACUCAUCGCCUGGUGUUCGGGUGCAGGAGAGCUAA